AUGCAGCCGCACGCGGCUCCCAGCGGCACGGAUGCCUUCGAGCGCUACUUCCAAGCGGCCGAUGCGGACAGGGAUGGCCGGAUCAACGAGGCCUUAUUCUCCUUCUUUCCACAUGAUCUCUCUCUUCUUUCUCAUUCUCCCCAGGGAAUAGCGGUCUGGCAGUAUGCGGACUCGCGCCAAGCGGGGUUCCUCCACCGCCCAGAGUUCUUCCACGCCCUUCGCCUCAUCACCGUUGCCCAAUCCGGUCGCGACAUCAACCCAGACGUCGCCCGAGCCACCUUCUCAGGCCCGGCAGUGGCCCAGAUCCCCGCACCUCGGAUUACCGUGCCUCCGAGGCCCGGAGCUGCUGCCAGACCAGGCGGGCUGCCAGGUCCGGUCGGUUCGGGCGCUCCCGGACCUGGAGCACCGGGAGCACCACCAGUGCAGCAGGGCGCGUAUGGAAGGGGAAUGCCAGUCCAAGGCGCGCCGAUGCCACAGGGGAUGGCUGGUAUGGCUGGGAUGGGCCCUGUGGGGGGCAUGAUGGGGGGUAUGGGAGGCAUGGGAGCCAUGGGGCCGGGCCCAGGCGGAAUGAUGGGGGGAAUGGGACCUCGACCAGGCAUGCAACAACCGCAGCAACACCAGCAGGUGCUCCUAUGCCAGCAAUCCGCCUCCCGUCCUGCUCCACCCACCUCCACUCUACCCAAAUCCGCAGACGCAGCAGCAGCAGCAGCACUGGAUGCUUUUGUGAUGAAAGACGUGGCUGUAGUGCCUCCAGCUGCUGUGUCUUCCGCUGUGGUAACAGCAGGUGGGGGGCAAGCAGCAGAAGGAACAGCAUUCGCGGGAGCAGGGGCAGCAGCAGGGGCAGCAGGGCAAGGGGCGGGCGCAGCAGCAGGGGGCGCGCAGGGGCAGGAAGGAGAGGGGUUUCUGAUGGUCCCGGGGGAUCCCCAGCCAUGGCCGAGAAUGGGGGUGGCGGAGGCACAGCGGUAUGCGCAGGUGUUUGUGGGCAUCGAUGCGGAUAGGGAUGGCAAGAUCACCGGCAAGGAGGCGAGGAAAGUGCUCAUGGCUUCACAAGUGCCUAUUGAUGUACUCAAGCAGGUGUGGGACCUCUCAGACGAGGACAAGGACGGCAACUUGACUCUCCGCGAGUUCUGCACCGCCUCCUACCUCAUCGAGCGCUACAAGUCAGGACGAAAGCUGCCGCCCACACUGCCGAAGGGCUUCCACGUGGACGAACCGGUGCAGGACCAGCGCACGGCCAUCGCUGCGAAACGAUUGGCCGAGGCGCAGGCGGCGCUGACUCAGCACUCGCAGGGGGUGAACGUGCCAACGUGGCAGCGCGAUCCAGGACGCGAUGCACUUGCACACAGUGCUACGAAUCUGCUCCCUAACCUAAUGCUCCCCCACACCUCCCUACGCCUCCCUGUCGUCUGUUCUGACGCUGCCAUGGAUCAGAAGAAAAAGGCGGUGUUUUUCCGUGACAAAAUGCAGGAGAUCGUCAUGUUCAAGAGUCGCUGUGACCUCCGCCUUGCUGACGUCUCUGAACAGGCUGAUGUGGAGAAAAAGGAGAUGGAGGAACUGGCCCGGAAGUAUGACGACAAGUACAAGGCGGCUCAGCUGUCGGCUGGGAAGCUUGCAGCAGAGGAGCGGGCGCUGCAGCAGAUGCAGGAGAAGGCUCACAUCAUCAUGAACGCAACGUCAAGGCUUGACCGAGGAGGCGACCCCAACCAGCUGCUGCAGGAUAAGGCAGACCGCCUGGCUCUGGAGGUGGAGGAGAUGCGCAAGGUGGUGUUCGCGCAUGCCACUGCCGUCUUCUCUGCUGCCCACACUCCCUCAUGGGUGUCUUGUGCCCCGUCCACAUCCCAUCACCAGGACAAGGCGGACCGCCUGGCUCUGGAGGUGGAGGAGAUGCGCAAGGCAGUGUUCGCCCAUGCCCCUGCUGUCUGCCCCUCACGUUAUUCCUCGUGUUAUCUCACUAUCCAACGUCCCUCACUCCUUGACUUGCAGGACAAGGCGGAUCGCCUGGCUCUGGAGGACAAGGCGGACCGCUUGGCUCUAGAGGUGGAGGAGAUGCGCAAGGCGGUGUUCGCGCAUGCCACUGCCAUCGGGCUCAAAGUGCGGCCCCUUGUGGGAUCCGAAACUCCCUUUGGCUGGCAGGCGAAUCUUCAGGAGAAAGCAACAGACUGGGACGACGAGUGGGACGACGUGCAGUUUGAAGAGCUGGUGGUGGUGCGGGAUAUUGGCGACACCCCAUUGGCUGAAAACGAAGACCCGUUCCCCAGGCCGAAAUCCAAGGAGCAGGAGGAGAAGGGAGCGGCUGGGGCGUCAGCAGCUGCUGAAACUGGCAAAGGAGAAGGGGAGGAGGGUGGGGGAGAGGGAGAGGUGGAGGAUGGGAAGGGGGGAGAGGGGAUGGCAGCAGAAGAGGUUGAUGGUGCUGCGAAUACAGGAGGGGAAGGGCCAGGAGGUUCCAAGGAGAACGGGGAGAAGGAGAAGCAGGAGAAGGAGAAGGAGGAGGAGAAGAAGAGGAAGAAGAAGGAGAAGAGCAUGGGCUCGGCUCCGUCCGGUCCAGCUGACUUCUUCUCUCCAGAAGAGGAUGAGGAUGCGGAUUCAAACGAGGCUAUGAUUGGCGUGCAGAGGCAUGGGGAGGAGGACGAGGACGAGGAAGAGGAGGAGGUGGAGGAAAUUGUGAUGGAUUCGACGCCUGUGCUGCAGAUUACAGCAGGAGGAGAGGGAGAGGGAGGGGGAAGGGGGAGAAAGGACGGGAUGAUGGAAGGGGUGGUUGCGGGAGGGGCAGGAGCAGGAGCGGAGGAAAAGCAGACCAAGCAAUCAGAAGCAGGAGCUGGAGGAAAGGAAGGGGAGAGAGAGGGGCAGGAGACCGAUGGGGAGAAUUCGACGUCAGCAGUGCAAGAGGAGAGUGCAGCAUCGGCCUCACCUGGUGAUUCCAAGGAGAUUCUUGGAUUCCCCUUCCAAGGCUGGUCCCGUGGCAGCGCGGGUAAAGCAGGAGCAGCAGCAGGAGGAGCAGGAGGAAGGGGGUCAGGAGGAGCAGCGAUGCCGAGUUUGGCUGACCUGGCGUCAUCCUUCUCUCUCUCUCCAACAUCUGGCGUGUCUCCGGUUUCUCCUGUAUCUGCUGCUGCAUCCACCAGCAGUAGAGCAUCUACUACUGCUUCUCCCUUCAACCCUGCUUCGGUUGCAAAGAGCCUGGCAGCUGCUAAUGCUGCUGCUGCAGCAAUUAACGCUGCUUCUGGAACGCCUGAUUCCACCCCUGCUGGUGUUGCUGCUGGUGGCGAUGCUGCUGCCUUGUCAGCAGGGAAGUCUCCACCCUCGGCCACGUCUGUGCGUCGAACCUUGGAUUUAGGUUCGGUGGACUCCCCACAGCAAGAUAGCACGGCGAGCGGAGCGAGCAGCGCUGGAGGCUUGGGUUUUGGUUCGGUGAUGACGGCUGGUCCGGGAGGGAGGUACAGCGAAGGAGCAGGAGCAGGGGCAGGAGCAGGAGCAGGAGUGGGGGCAGUAGCAGGUGGAGGAGGGGGAAGGGAUGGGUAUGGAGAGGGAGAGGAGGUGUCACGGCCCUACACAGCCCAUGGGCUUGUGUCAGAAGAUAUGGUUGAGAGUGAUGCAGAGAGUGACAGUGGAAGGAAGGGCUAUGGGUCGGGGGGGAGAGGAAGGGAUGAGGAGGAGGACGAACAAGCAGCAGAUUCGUCUGACACUGCUGCACCUGCUGCUGGUAUCCCAGCAGCAGCAACAGCUGCUGCUGCCGCCGCUGCUGCCACCGCUGCUCCCGCUGCCUCCUUCGGCCUAUCUCCCAGUGCCGACAGUGAAGGUGGCGCUGCAGUAACAGAGACCAAAUCCGGGUCCUUCGCGUUUGAUUUCUCGGCAGAGCCAGAGGACCCGUUCACCUCAGGUGCAGCAGCAGCAGCAGACCGUUCAGAAUCCGCAUCUCCCUUCCCCACCUCGUUCAGCACUGAGGGGCGGCGGAGGAGUGGAAACGACGAGGCUCAGUCACCUCUCACGCACGCUGCUGAGGGUCAGGAAGAUAGCCCUAUCCACUCCCAGCAGCAGCAGCAGCUGGGUGGUGCUGCCGAUACUUUUGAGUCCUCGCCGUUUCACGCCAAUCCGGUUGACGCCGCGCCGUUUGAUGCCUCUCAGUUUGACCAGGGUUUUGGCCGCGAUUCCAGCUUUGGCCGGGACCCGAGCUUCUCCAGGGAUUCAAGCUUCAAGGGGUAUGGGGGGAGCAUAUUUGAUUCUGCCACCGGUGCGGCAAGUUUCAAGGGUGGAUUCGACGCGAGCGCAUUCGAUUCGGCCACGGGUGCGGCGAGCUUCAAGGGCGGGUUUGAUGCGAGUACGUUCGACCAGCAUUACGGUGGAGUGGGGGCGUUUGACCAGCAUUACGGUGCGGGCGGUGCUGCUCUCGACACCUCCUCCUCCUUCCGUUCCUCUGUGGACUCCCCAUCCGGCUCUCAUGCCCGGUCUGGCGAGUUCCAUCCCGGCCAGUUCCAAUCCUUCGCCAGUGGCUUCGAUGACCAUUUCGACUCAAACCCCUACGGUGCAAGUGCGGGGACGGUGGGAGGAGGAGGAGGCCGAGGAAGGGGAGAGGAAGAAGAGGAGGUGCAUAGCAGCGAGGAGGAGGACAGUGGAGGGGACCCCUUUGCCAAUCUCCGAAGCAGUGGGGGUGGUGCAGGCGGUAACCAGCAUGUUACCGCGUCGCAUUUCGACGCGUACAACUACGACAAGGCGGCGGAAGAGGCGGAAACACCCGGGGCUGCGAGGCAGGGGGGGGUGCAGCCGGCACCAUCAGAUGAUGCGAGUGCAGCAUCAUCAGAUGAUGUGAGUGCAGCCGUUUAUGCAGCAGCCGAGCGCAUUCACCACGGCGAUGCCCUUUCUCGAGCCAUCAUUGAUGGGUUUCUUGAUGACCCCACACUCAUCGAUUUCAGUUUUCCCGACCAGAUAUGUGGCACAUGGCACCACAACUACACUCGCAUGCACCAGCAAAUCCGGGCAGCCAGCAAAAAUCCCUCUGGCGACCCCCCGCCCGACACGCCGCCCGUGAAAUUUCUCACCUUUGACGGCCUCAGCCACUGCGACAGCCUCGGGGAGACCCUCAUGGGGCUGACGUCAGCGUUCACUGUAGCUAUCCUCACUAACAGAGCUUUCGUUAUAAAGCACCCGUGCAUCCCCAUGGCGUUUGAACCGGCGCUGAUCGACUGGCAGCCCACAGAAGACGUGGGAUUCGAGCCCGUCAGAAACGAAACUUUUCCGCUCGAGCAUCCUGACCGGGCGGUCACGCCACCAAUAGGAGCGAGCGAUAUUGUGGAGAUCAAUCUAGAAUUACGUCCCGAGGCGCACCCGGAAAAGGUGUUUCUGCAGGUAGAAGCUGCAAGGAACCUGCGUGUGGUGUGGAAUAAAGACCUGCUGGUGCAUAUGCUGAAGGGGGCAAAUGAAUCGGUGUGGGGAGGGAGACUCAAAGACAUGGGUGUCAGUAUCCCGUACGCUUUUGGCUGCUUUGUGCGAUACCUGCUGAGGCCCAAACCAGAGGUGUGGCACAGGAUGCAGCCGUUUGAGAAGCAGCUGAGGGGCGACAAGGUGGUGAGCAUCGGCAUGCACGUGCGGCACUUCGGCCGCGGGUCCCUCCCACCCAGCACCACCAUCAACUCAGGCGACUUGCGGAGGGCUAUGAAUGACAUCGUGUGGCCUGCCAUAAAAUGCGCCAAGGAUGUCGAAAACUGGUGGUACCCGCCAUUCCUUAACGUGAAGUGGCUCAUCAUUAGCGACUCGCUGCAACUCAAACAGAAGGCGGCCAUUGACGUGAACGAGUCCAAGGUGAUGUGA